UCGCUUCCGGCCUUUGUGGGGCGCUGUGGGCUGUUCGGGCUCCCGGCGCCUUGGACCGCGUGACCCGUGGUCUCCCCGGGAGGGACCCGGCUGCCGGCCUCGGGAGCUGCAGGUCCACCCUUGCUGGAAGCACCGCUAGAGCUUCUGCACGGCCGCUAUGGCGUCGGCCUGGGCUGCGCCGGCCCACGAGGAACCGGGUGCGCUUCUGGAAGUAAAGGUGGAGGAGGAGGAGGAGUACAGGAAUACCACCAGACGGGAUCAGAACCUGCAGAAGAACAACACCCACAGCAGGGAGGUCUUCCGACAGUACUUCAGACACUUCUGUUACCAGGAGACUCCUGGACCCCGCGAGGCGCUGCGCCGGCUCCGCGAGCUGUGCCGCCAGUGGCUGAGCCCAGAAACGCACACCAAGGAGCAGAUCCUGGAGCUGCUGGUGCUGGAGCAGUUCCUGACCAUCCUGCCCGAGGAACUCCAGGCCUGGGUGCGGGGACAGCACCCGGAGAGCGGGGACGAGGUGGUGACCGUGCUGGAGGAUCUGGAACGGGAGCUGGAUGAGCCUGGAGAGCAGGAUGAAUGUGGCCACCGUGUCCCUGUCCACACUGAGGAACAGGACACGCUCUUGCAGGAGACGGCCCUUGUGGGAACAGGACGGGAGCCCGGCAUGUCCCUCCCAUCUGGGGUUGCCCGGCUGAAGUAUGAAUCUCCAGGACCUGGAGCCCAGCCGGAAGAACAAGUUUCAGGUGUUGAGACUGGAAAUAAGUACAGGAAUUUAACUCUAAAGCAAGAAGUGUCUGAAGAAGCAGCACCGCAGGGGAAUAUGUGUAGCGGAUUUGAAAGUGACAUGUCCCAGUCGGCUAGGUGCAGAGAAGCUUACGGAUCCGAAGCAGAAACAGAAGAGUCUUCUGGACACUCCAGGGAAGGUGAACAGUCUGCGGGUGAUGAGAACAGACUCCGUCUGACUGAACAGCAGAGGGUCUGUCCAGGAGAAAAACCUCAUGAGUGCGAGGAGUGUGGAAAAGCCUUCAGUCAGCACUCGAACCUCUUAGAACAUCAGAGGGUCCACACUGGAGACAGGCCCUACAAAUGUGAGGAAUGUGGGAAAACUUUCCGUGGGAGAACUGUGCUGAUUCGGCACAAAAUAAUACACACCGGAGAGAAACCAUAUAAAUGUAAUGAGUGUGGCAAAGCCUUUGGCCGCUGGUCAGCUCUUAACCAACAUCAGAGGCUCCACACAGGAGAGAAACACUACCACUGUAACGAAUGCGGCAAAGCCUUUAGCCAGAAAGCGGGCCUCUUUCACCAUCUCAAGACCCACACGAGAGACAAACCAUACCAUUGUGCUCAGUGCAAUAAAAGUUUUAGUCGGCGUUCAAUACUCACUCAACACCAAGGAGUUCAUACUGGGGCAAAGCCCUAUGAGUGCAGCGAGUGCGGGAAAGCCUUCGUUUAUAACUCCUCCCUGGUUUCCCACCAGGAGAUCCACCACAAAGAAAAGUGCCAUCAGUGUAAGGAGUGUGGGAAAUCCUUCAGUCAGAGUGGCCUUGUUCAGCAUCAGAGAAUCCACACUGGGGAGAAACCUUACAAGUGUGACGUAUGUGCAAAAGCAUUUAUUCAGAGGACAAGCCUUGUAGAACAUCAGCGAGUUCACACUGGAGAGAGACCUUACAAGUGUGAUAAGUGUGAGAAGGCCUUCACUCAGAGAUCAGUUCUCACGGAACACCAGAGAACCCACACCGGAGAGAGACCGUACAAGUGUGACGACUGUGGGAACACCUUCCGAGGCAUCACCAGCCUCAUUCAGCAUCACAGGAUCCACACUGGGGAGAAACCCUACCGAUGUGACCAGUGCGGCAAAGCCUUCAGGCAGAGGAAGAAGACCGACUACAAGGAAAUACUUCUGAAAAACCAGCGUGAACCUCAAGCUGGAGUGAAUCUUCUCCUGAGUGCUCUCAUUCCAGAAUGGGGUUCCUCCUGUGGGAAGGUCCCUAACGUGACUGAUGGCCGAGGGAGAGGGCUGUGCCUGGGACCACGCUGACAAAGAAGUCACGGAUAUUCCUUCAGACUUUUAAGUUGCUACUACCCAAGAUAGCUGCCUGCCCCCCACCCCGGGGCUGCCAGAAGACUCAGACAACUUUACUUGCAGGUGCUGAGAUCAGAAACAGACCAAGGAGCAGGUGCUGAAGGAGGUCCUGACACCUACCUAGGGGUAUUAUCCCUAGGCAGGGAUAAUACCCAGAAUGUGGAGAAGAGGCAUCACUUGUGCUAGAGAAGUUGGAGACAGCUUGGAGGGAAAGCCAUCAGGUGGAAAGGGUCAGGAUAAUCGCUUAUGUUAUGGCUUGACUAGUGACAGCCUUCUGGAAUGGCACAGAAAGCAGUAAAGCUGAACUGUAGGAUCCGCCAUAUGUCUCUGAAGCGAAAACCCAGCGCCUCCCUCGGGGCUUUAAUUCGCCCUGGUAUUUGUGCACACCGGGAAACUUCCGAUGUUGGGUUGUUGUUUGGGUGUUUUUACUGAGUGUUUAACUUCAAAUUCGGUUUUCCAAGACCAGCUUCAUCCUAUUGGCUCUAGGGUCCAGGCUAAAGGAUAGAACAAGAUAUGGCAGACAAAGUACUUCGGAAUCUGAGGCUUCACAUGCAGCCUGUUGAGACCCAAUUUUAGUUUGACUUUCACCAUUAUUGCCUUUUGAAACAGAAAGCCAGUGAGGAAGGGUGUCUGCAGAGAGAAGAGAUCCUUGAAAAGAAGCUUUUUCGGUCUCUCGUUAGUUCAUGUCCUUUCCCUUGAAAACUUGCCCCUGUCUCCUUGUUGUCUGCCCAGUUCUUUAGGUGGAAACUCAGCUAUAUUUGUGAGCAGUUUUGUUGUUUGGUUUGACCUAUUCAGCUACUUUACUUCAAAGUGCUGCUUUCUUAUGUUUUAGUCCUGAACAUUACUGGAAAAUUAUUUUUCCCCACUUUAGUUUUUCCAUAUCAAAAUAGUAUGUAAUUUUGAAACAUUUUCCCAUAUCAAAACAGUGUGUAUUUUAUAACUGAAACCUAGCUGUUGCUUCAAGUUAACUUUUGUCAUAUCCCACUAUUCAUUGAUUCACUCAACCAAUAUUUGUAGAGCAUUUAUUUGUCUGUAGUAGUGGCCUAGGUACAUUUCAGUUGGUAUAAAUGAUCCUUUUAAGUAGUCCCAACAAAUUAAAAUUUCUCUUGAUUUCAUUAUAUUCUAUUUUUUAUGUCUGGAUUCAAACUGAUCUCUUCUUAAGUUUUUUGAUUAUACCUUCCUGGUUCUUUGUCACAUUUUGUGGGAAAAUCCUCCUUGCUCUUCCAAACUUUCUGCCCAGCUGUCUCUUCUCACUCAAAGUGGAACCUCACGUGCCUUUUUGGGCACUUUGCCAACCUGAGAUGACAGUUUAGAUACAUAAAGGCGUGUACUUUAAAACUGGGUUUUACCUUUGUCACUGUUCUUCAUUUUUAGUCUCAUUAUCUCAGCAGAAGAGACAACUGACAUUUGAAUUAUCUGUGCGUUUUUUUAGAUGGUUAUACUAAGAAUAAAAAUAAGGACUUGUUUCCAAUUCUGCAGAUGUGAAAUGCUGUGGUGGGAUCUCUCUAGAACUGCAACAUCUAUGCGGUCAGUGUAGUAGCAGCUUUAGUAACUGGUGAGUCCUUACUCAGCAUCAGGGAAUACAGAUGCUGCAGAGAACCUCCUUGAGGGCAACAGGUUUGGAAAGGCUUUUCUUUGUAGCGGGUCCCUCCUUUCCUGCCAGGGGAUCCACCACAAGGAAAAAUGCUCCGUGUUAGGAGUGUGGGCAUGCUUUCAUGUAUUGUGGCCUUAUUUUACAUCAGAGAAUCCACAUAAACGAGAGACUGCAUAGAUGUGGUGACUGUGAGGAGGCCUUCAUUCAGCACAGAACCUCAACGAACUGUACGUGAAGGAAAUGGGAACACCUUGACCCAGAAGUCAGGACCGACUGCACCAGAGAGUCUACGCAGGAGGGAGAUCUUGUCAGCGGGAUGAAUGUGGGCAUGCUUUGCAUGGAAUCACCAGCUUUAUCAUUCAGCAGUGGAGAAUUCGCACUAAAGAGAAACCCAGACAGUGUGAGGAUUAUGGAAGUCUUCAGGGUGGUUCCACCUUGGUAAACAUCAGUGAAUCCGUAUGAGAGAGCUUCUUAUAAAUGGCAGGAUCACAGGAAGUUGUAUGGGCAGAGACCAAAUCUCAACAACAGAAUCUCCACAGUAUUGAAAAAUUAAUUUAAUAUAAGUGCACAGGUUCCAUUCCCCAUGGAAUGGGUAUUCUUAAUUGCCCAAUUUGGCCAAUAAAAACAUUCAGUGGAUGCCUCAGAUCAAGAAAAGGAAAGGUCAGCAGUUCUUUCUUGCUAUCUAGAGGAGUCUAUAGAUGUGAGCAACCAGGAAUUUUGAAAUGAGCUGCUCACCUGCAUGUCAGGACUUGGGACACUGUCUCCUGGGUGACAGUGCACACUGGGGACAUGUUUCUCCCAGACAUGCUCUUCUCAGAGCUUCAUUCAACAAGAGCAGAUUACUGUCUACUGUGGUCAUUUUAUUUUACUUGUUUAUGGGCUGAAUAGGUUUGUGUCUGUACCCCAGGACACACAAAUCACAUUUAUAAAGUUUCAGUACAUGUAAUGAAGAACCACGUCAUUAAUUUGUUGGAUGCUCCCCUAAAUUUGGGACUGCUUCUGUGUUCUCCAGCAUAAGGCCAUGCAAGUAUCCUUCAGAGUAUAUAUUUUCCAGCUUUGGUUUAAUUGUUGUUGUUGUUUUUAAGAUAGUGAAAUUGAGAAGUAAUGUUGAAGAUAUUUCCCCUUAUAGAUAAUACAUUAUAUAAUGUGAAGGCUAAUACUUUAUGUAACUUGCUUAUUAUCCUUUUCAGUUCUGAAACAAACUAAAAGGGGAAAGGAUGUUUAGAAGCUUUUCAGCAAGUUGUUAAUAUAGCCCAAUCGCUAUGAGACAGAAUGAGGCUUAUGUAUUUUAUACUGGGUUACUAAAUACAGGAAUACUUAGGAAUAUAGGAAUUUAGGAAUUCCUAAAUAUAGGAAUAAAUAUAGAUUUUAAAACUUUGCAAUGAUUAUUUCAGAAUUCUGAGUAUAUUUGCUGUACAUCCCUAUUUUUUUUUUUUUUGCAUAGGUAUUACAGUCCAUUUAGAAGAUGGACUGCAUUCUAUAAAAGGUCUUUUUAGCAUCUAUAGAAAUCACGUUUUUUUUAAAUUAUUUUUUAACGUCAUUAUUAUAUUAUGUGCAAGGCUUUUCUAAUAUUGAACCAACAUUGCAUUCCUGCAAUAAGUCCUGCUUAGUCAUGGUGUAUUCUUUUAAUGUGUUAAUGAGUUUGACUGCUAAUAUUUUAUUUACUCCAUUUUCUUCAAUGUUUAUGUGAAAUUGGUCUGUAAUUUUUUUUUGUACUAUAUUUUUCAGGUUUAGGUUUCAACAUUUUAUAAAUUUUUAAAAACUGUUUUAUUUAUUUUUGAGAGAGAGAGAGAGACGGAGUGCAAGCAGGGGAGGGGCAGAGAGAAAGGGGAAGAAUUCAAAGCAGGCUCUAGACUCCCAGCUGUCAGCACAGAGCCGGACGCGGGGCUUGAACCCACAAGCCAUGAGAUCAUGACCUGAGAUGAAGCCAGAUGCUUAACCAAGUGAGCCACCCAGGCACCCCUAGGUUUCAACAUUUUAACUGCAUUUUUAAAGUAAUUACAUUUUUUUUCAUUGUUAAUACUCUAGAACAAUUUAUAGAGCAUUGGAAUUAGCUAGUCUCUGAAGUUUGGAUUCUGAUGUAAAACCAUCUGGGCUGAGUGCUUUUCUGUGGGAUAGUUCCUUGGUAACCUUCUCUGUUUCUUCCAUUAAAAAAUAGUCUGUUUGGAGGGCACCUGGGCGGCUCAGUCAGUUGGGCAUCUGACUUCAGCUCAGGUCAUGAUCUUGUGGUUUGUGGGUUUGAGCCCCACAUCAGGCUCUGUGGCACAGAGCCUGGAGCCUGCUUUAGAUCCUGUGUCUCCCUCUCUCUCUGCCCUCCCCCACUCGUUCUCUGUGUCUCUCUCUCAAAAAUGAAUAAAUGUUAAAAAUAAAUAAAUAAAAAGCCCUUUUGGGCUUUCUAUUUAUAAUGGGGGUCAAUUUUGGUGAUCUAAUAUUUGCCUAGAAAAUUAACCAUUUCAUCUAUAUUUUAAAAUUUAUUUGCCUCGAAUCUGCAAUAUAAUCAGUUAUGACUUUUUAAAUAGCUUUAUUGAGGGAAACUGAUGUACAGUAAACUGCAAAGGUAUACAGUUGUACAUAUGUUUUAACAUGUACACACCUGUGAAAUGAUCACCACAAUCAAUAUAACGAACAUAUCACCCAAAAAAGUUGCCUUGUGUGUUUUGGCAAUUCCUCCCUUCCACACUUCCCUGCACCCUGCCGUCAUCUCCAGACAAUCUCUGCUAGAAAUCCUAUAAAUUAUUAUAAAUUUGCAUUUUUUAGAAUUAUGUAUAGAUGGAAUACAGUAUGUUCCUUCCUUUUUUAGGCUUCUUUCAUUCAGCAUAAUUAUUUUGAUAUUCAUCCAUGUUGCUGCAUAUAUCAAUAAUCCAUUCUUUUUAUUGUUGAGUAUUUCAUUGUAUGGAUACACCAGUUUGUUUAUACAGUUACCCUUUGAUGGACAUUUGGGUUAUUUCCAUUUGGGGGCUCCUAAAAUGAAGUUGGUAUAGACAUUUGUGUACAAGUCUUUGUAUAGACAUAUACUUUCAUUUGUUUUCAGUAAAUACCUAGGAGUGGGAUGGUUGGAUCUACGUGAUGAGAAUAUUUUUAACUUUUAAAGAAACUCAAAUUGUU